CAAUUUAUCAAGGAAUGAGGGGGCAAGACAAUGAGUCUUCAUGGACCUACAGGCAAUCAAUGAAUCUGGACCAGGAAUUACUAAAGCACUACAGAGGGAAGAUGAGCAAGAUGUGGACGAAUGUGCCAGGAACUCCACUCUUUGUGGCCUCAACUCCAUCUGUACAAACAGCCCUGGAGAAUACAAUUGCUCCUGCCUGCCUGGGUUCUUUUCACCUGUUGUCUGGACCCCUGAGAAACCAGAGGAUUUCAGAUGUACAGAUAUUGAUGAGUGCCUUCACAUGCGCCUUUCUAAUGCGAGAUGCACCAACACCCUUGGGAGCUACUUCUGGACCUGCUUCCCUGGCUUUGCACCAAGCACCAGACAGCUAAACUUCACUGGCCAAGAUGUGGAAUGCAGAGAUGUUGAUGAGUGCUCCCAAGAUCCGUCACCAUGUGGCCCCAAUUCUGUCUGCACCAAUGCCCCGGGCUCCUACAGCUGUAGCUGCAUUGAGGGCUUUCGCCCCAAUCCAGAAGGCUCCUUGAACUUCAGCUGCAAAAGGGUUCCCUUCAAGUGUAAGGAGGAUGUGAUACCCAACAAUGCUGGGGUCCAGCAAUGCCAAGUAGGAGCAGCAGGGAAGUCUGAAUAUGGUUCCUUCUGCGCACUGGUGAAUGCCACCUUCAGUGUUCUGGACAAUGUCUGUGAGAACAAGACCACCGCGGUUUCUCUGAAGAGUACAGUGGAGAGCCUCACCUCUGUUCUUGAACAAACGUCCACAUGGUCCAACUUCACCAAAGAAGAGACAUCUGUUCUGGCCACUGUCCUACUAGAGAGUGUGAAAAGCAGCACCCUGGCAGCUUUUCUGAAACCCUCAGCCAAUGUGACUCAGACUGUUCAGACCAAACACCUAGAAAUUGAAAGCAAGAUCAUCAGGGAAGAAUGCACUGAAGAGAAUAAGACCUUUCACUUCAAAGCCAAAGGGAAUGAGAUGAAGGUUGGGUGUUCUACCAUCAAGGAGUCUGGAUCUGCAGAGAUCACCGGGGUGGCUUUUGUCUCCUUUACGAGGAUGGAGUUGUUUUUAGAUGAGAGCUUCUUCCAGGACCCUCAGACCCUCUUGGCCAAGCCCUGGAGGAAGCUGAAGAUGAAUUCUCACGUGGUGCAGGGCAUCAUGACUGGAGAGAGGCAAGGCGGGUUCUCUGACCCAGUCAUUUACACGCUGGAGAACAUCGAGCCAAAGCAGCCGUUUGAGACGCCUAUCUGCAUUUCCUGGGACACGGACAUGGAAGGUGGCAGGUGGAUACACUCUGGCUGUCUGACCCAUGAAGCUUCUGAGAUGUAUACUGUCUGUAGCUGUAACCGGAUGAUGAACUUGGCCAUCAUCAUGGCCUCUGGGGAGCUCACGAUGGAGUUCUCCCUGUACAUCAUUAGCCACGUGGGCUUGAUCAUCUCCCUGGUGUGUCUCCUCUUGGCCAUUGCCACCUUCCUGCUGUGCCGUGCCAUUCGCAACCACAACACCUACCUCCACCUGCACCUCUGCGUGUGCCUCUUCUUGGCCAAGGCUCUCUUCCUCGCUGGUGUAGACAAGACGGACAGCCAGACGGGCUGUGCCAUCAUUGCAGGCUUCCUGCACUACCUUUUCCUCGCCUGCUUCUUCUGGAUGCUGGUGGAGGCUGUGAUGCUCUUCCUUAUGGUCAGGAACCUGAAGGUGAUGAAUUACUUCAGCUCUCGCAACAUCAAGAUGUGGUACCUCUGUGUCUUUGGCUAUGGGCUCCCUGGGCUGGUGGUGGCCGUCUCUGCUGGCGUCCGCCCAAAGGGCUACGGGAUGCGUGAUCGUUGCUGGCUGAACCCAGAGAUGGGGUUCGCCUGGAGUUUCCUGGGACCGGUCUGCGUCAUCAUCAUGAUCAAUUCCAUCCUCCUGACUUGCACGUUGUGUAUCCUGAGGCAGAAGCUUUCCAGUGUCAAUGCAGAAGUCUCUACACUCAAAGACACCAGGUUACUGACGUUCAAGGCCUUUGCCCAGCUCUUCAUCCUGGGGUGCACCUGGGUGCUGGGCAUUUUCCAGAUCGGACCCAUGGCCAGGGUCAUGGCCUAUCUGUUCACCAUCAUCAACAGCUUGCAGGGAACCUUCAUCUUCACCAUUCACUGUCUGCUCAACCGCCAGGUGCGGGAAGAAUAUAGGAGAUGCAUCACCAGGAAGACCAAAGGCAGCUCCGAGUCCCAGACCUCAGGGAUGUUGCUGUCCUCUGUCCCCUCCACUUCUAAAACGGGAUAACGAUCUUUCUUACUGCCAGUAUGCUAUGCAGCGACAUUUGAAGAAAGCCAAUGCCUACAGAAGCCUUCCCUGAAAUCCCUUCACAGCUUAACGUGCAGAGGCAGGAUCCUGCCAAUCCCAGAACUCUCCAGAAUCAGGAAUUUCUGUUUCAGAUGAUCAGUUCUGCUCUUUGAGUUUCCAGAGUUUUGUGGAGGUAACAGACCCCAGUGCAAUGGCAUGGCCAAGAUUAUCUGGCUACCAUUUUGGUUUCUCCUAAGUUUGUUGGCGUAUGGCUCCAAGUGUACCUCUCCAGCACCUAUCAUGUGCCCGACACAGAGUAGUCCUCAAUAAAUGUUUUGUCAUAUGACAGACUGACCUA